AAUGAAUGCUUUCCAGUUAGAAAAAGCGGCCAACCACCGAAACCUCGCGAUAUUACAGAAACUACUACUCCCAGCAUGCAAAGCGGCUUCCGCCAGGCAUUCUCUUCACUGGAGACGGGAAGGCCCCAGCAUGCCUCGAGGCGCGAAAAGCACUUGGGAACGGUAGUUUUCCUGAGGACUGCUGGUUUCGCCAGCGCGGCAGUGGCGGCUCUGGGUUCCAGCCAGCAGGUCCACUGAGGGCAAGCUGAGCCAGAGAAAGGGCGUGGAAGUUAAAGAGGGUGAGUCAGGCACUGUCUACGCGAUAAAGGGACGAGGUGCCGGGCGGUAGGGCGGACUUACGUAAGGCGGCCGGUGCCGCAACCUGCUGUGGGGCACCGCUGUCCCCGCGUUAGCGAGGGAAGGGUGAGGAGGAGCCAGAGCCGCGUCCCUGCAGCCGCUCUCGCCCUCACGCUCCGCCGCCAUCUCCGCCAUGCAGUCCCGGGAAGACGCUCCGCGUUCUCGCCGCCUCGCCAGUCCCCGCGGUGGGAGGAGGCCCAAGAGGAUUUCCAAACCCUCGGUUUCGGCCUUUUACACGGGUCCCGAAGAGUUAAAAGACUCGGGCCACUCCGCCGCCCUGCUGGCACAGCUCAAGUCCUUCUAUGACGCGCGGCUGCUGUGUGAUGUGACCAUCGAGGUGGUGACACCUGGCAGCGGGCCUGGCACGGGGCGCCUGUUCCCCUGCAACCGCAACGUGUUGGCCGCCGCGUGUCCCUACUUCAAGAGCAUGUUCACGGGUGGCAUGUACGAGAGCCAGCAGGCCAGCGUGACCAUGCACGACGUGGACGCCGAGUCCUUCGAGGUGUUGGUGGAUUACUGCUACACGGGGCGCGUGUCCCUGAGCGAGGCCAACGUGCAGCGCCUGUACGCCGCCUCUGACAUGCUGCAGCUCGAGUAUGUGCGGGAAGCCUGUGCCUCCUUCCUAGCCCGCCGUCUCGACCUGGCCAACUGCACGGCCAUCCUCAAGUUUGCUGAUGCCUUCGGGCACCGCAAGCUGCGAUCCCAGGCCCAGUCUUUUAUAGCUCACAACUUCAAGCAGCUCAGCCGCAUGGGCUCAGUUCGGGAGGAGUCUCUGGCAGAUCUGACCCUGGCCCAGCUGCUGGCCAUCUUGCGCCUCGACAGCCUGGACAUCGAGAGUGAGCUGACGGUGUGUCAUGUGGCCCUGCAGUGGCUGGAAGCCGCCCCCAAAGAGCGGGGCCCCAGUGCCGCAGAAGUCUUCAAGUGUGUGCGCUGGGCACUCUUCACUGAAGGUGACCAGGACUACCUGGAAGGGCUGCUGGCCAAGCCCAUCGUGAGGAAGUACUGCAUGGACAUUAUCGAGGGGGCCCUGCAGAUGCGCUAUGGUGACACGCUGUGCAAGUCCCUGGUGCCAGCGCCAAACAGCAGCAGCAGCAGCAGCAGUGCCAGCAGCAGCAGUGGCAGCAGCUCUGUUGUGUCUGCAGCAGAAAAUCCACCCCAGAGGCUGGGAAUGUGUGCCAAGGAGAUGGUGAUCUUCUUUGGCCACCCCAGAGAUCCUUUUCUUUGCUAUGAUCCAUACUCAGGGGACAUUUACACCAUGCCUUCACCUUUAACAACCUUGGCCCACACUAAGACCAUCACCUCCUCAGCUGUCUGUGUCUCUCCAGAUCAUGACAUCUACCUAGCUGCCCAGCCCAGGAAAGACCUAUGGGUAUACAAACCAGCCCAGAAUAGUUGGCAGCAACUUGCAGACCGCUUGCUGUGUCGUGAGGGCAUGGAUGUGGCAUAUCUGAAUGGUUACAUCUACAUUUUGGGUGGGCGAGACCCUGUUACUGGCGUGAAGUUGAAGGAAGUGGAAUGUUACAGUGUUCAGAGAAACCAGUGGGCACUGGUGGCUCCUGUGCCCCAUUCCUUCUAUUCCUUUGAACUUAUAGUGGUUCAGAACUAUCUUUACGCAGUCAACAGUAAGCGCAUGCUCUGCUAUGAUCCCAGCCACAAUAUGUGGUUGAACUGUGCUUCCCUUAAGCGCAGUGAUUUCCAGGAGGCAUGUGUCUUCAAUGAUGAGAUCUACUGCAUUUGUGACAUACCAGUCAUGAAGGUCUACAACCCGGCCAGGGGAGAAUGGAGGCGGAUUAGUAAUAUUCCCUUGGACUCUGAGACCCACAACUACCAGAUUGUCAAUCAUGAGCAGAAGUUGCUGCUGAUCACAUCUACCACCCCUCAGUGGAAAAAGAACCGGGUGACUGUGUACGAAUAUGAUACCAGGGAAGACCAGUGGAUUAAUAUAGGAACUAUGUUAGGUCUUUUGCAAUUUGACUCUGGUUUUAUUUGCCUCUGUGCUCGUGUCUAUCCUUCCUGCCUUGAACCUGGUCAGAGUUUCAUCACAGAGGAAGAUGAUGCUAGAAGUGAAUCCAGCACUGAAUGGGACCUGGAUGGAUUCAGUGAGCUGGACUCUGAGUCAGGAAGUUCAAGUUCUUUUUCUGAUGAUGAAGUGUGGGUGCAGGUAGCACCUCAACGAAACGCACAGGAUCAGCAGGGUUCUUUGUAAAUAUUUUGAAGUACUGAGGUGUCUCUACUGCGUUGUGGAACGUAUCUUGACAAGAUUCUUUCCUAAAACUGACUAGAACCACAGAUUUGAUUUAGAAAGGGUAAUAUUUUGAAAUACUAAUGUGAUGUUCUAAAACGUAAACAGUCUGUGAAAUCGCCUUGUUUAAUAAUUUACUCAGCUAAAAGCCCACAUUAAAAUAUGCAAAAUGAACUGAUUAGUAGCCUUUGUGAUUUUUUUCAUUAUUCGUGUAUUCCUUGUGAAAAUGGGUUAUUUUGGUUAUUUCCAGAUAUAUUUACAAAUAUAUAUUUGCAUUACCCUCAUGUUAAUUGUUAGAUUUGAUAUUCACAAGCAAUUUACUUAUUUUAUUUGUUUAAUGGAAAAUUGGGCUCAGAAUUACUGGUAGAGUUUUGAAUAAUAGCUGUUUUUCAAAAUUUUAUUCCAGUCCAUUUCUGGUAAUGUAAAUUAAGUACAUUUUGUUAGAAUAAUGAUUAGUUUUCUUCUCUUUUGCAAGAAAAAAAUGAAUAUAAGUAUUGUUUACUGAAUAGUGGUUUCAUUUUGGUAAUAUGUACAAUGGUUUUAUAAGUUCAUAGGAAGUUUUAAAAAUCAGGAUUUCACUGUUUUAAAGGAUUUGCAAUUUUAUUUUGGAGUACAAAAUUUGUAUUUGGUAAACAUGACCAAUUGUGUAACUAAAAAAUUCCAUUCUAGUGUCACCAAAAUACCCUUCUAAAUUGACUCCCCUAACCCCCCAAAAAGAAAAUUUGUUUUAUAAAUUCACAUUGUUGAUCUGUAUGUGAUACAUGCCUCAUGGAGUCAAAGCAACAAUCCUUGUUUUCACUAGAAAUUUAUUGGGUAAUGUAAAUUUUUUCUCUGUUGGUCAUGCCUUGUUUUAAUAGUUUAUUUGUGGUCUUAAAAUACUUUGGUAUUAGUGUUGAUGUUUCUCUUCAGCAACAAACAACUUACUCUUUUGUUUUGGAAAUCUAUAUAAGCUAAAAACAGUAUUUUAUUAGUAUUACUGGUCAUUUUGUUUUGCCAUCUUUAAGAUCAAGUGCCAGCAAAGACCUUUAAACUUUAAGAUGUAUAUAAAACUGUUUUCUGUAGUACUUAAUAUUCUGUCUGUUUUGUAAGUCAUGUAAAUGUUUUUGAUUAUCAGCUUGAAGGUAUUUUUGUAUUAAAAGUUGACAGAAAACUUAA